GGACGGGCUAGGCUGUGGAGGGAGUCCCGGAAGCCAUGGAGGUCCUGGUUCUGGCUGAAUACCAUGCGCAGAAAGAGGACGAGCUGAGUUUGGCCCCCGGGGACAUCGUCCGGCAGGUGCGCGAGGGGCCUGCAAGGGGCUGGCUGCUGGGAGAGCUGAGGGACCAUUGUGGCCUCUUCCCCAAGCGCCUGGUGCAGGAGAUUCCAGAGGCCAUGCGAGGCGGCGGGGAGGCCCGGAGACCGCGCUGCGCGCGCAGCCGAGGUCACCCCGCCAAAUCUCGGGGCCCUCAAAGAUGGUGCAAAGUGAACUUCAACUACAGCCCCAAGCAGGCAGACGAGCUGAAGCUGCAAGCUGGGGAGAUUGUGGAAAUGAUAAAGGAGAUUGAGGACGGCUGGUGGCUGGGGACGAAGAACGGGCAGCUGGGAGCCUUCCCAUCCAACUUUGUGGAGUUGCUGGACAGUGGGCCCCCAAGCCUUGAUAACCCUGACAUGCCUUCCAUCGGUACUGGAUCCCAGCGACCUCCCAAGCUGAGCAGCCUGGCCUCUAACAGCCCUCCAGACUACCUGCAGACAGUCUCUCACCCUGAGAUCUACAGGGUCCUGUUUGACUACCAGCCCGAGGCCCCAGAUGAAUUGGCGCUGCGCAGGGGGGACAUGGUGAAAGUACUGAGGAAGACCACAGAGGACAAGGGCUGGUGGGAAGGAGAGUGUGAGGGCAGGAGAGGCAUUUUCCCGGACAACUUCGUACUCCCACCACCCCCCAUCAAGAAGCUGGUCUCGCGGAAAGUGGACUCUCGGGAAUCAGCUCCUGUUAAGGAACCAAAAAAGUUGAUGCCAAAAGCAUCCCUCUCUAAUGUCAAGAAGCUGGCGACAGCUCCCUCUGGGCCCAGCAAAGCCAAGACAUCUUGGACACCCGGUGGGGAUGGUCAGAAGCGCCCCUCCCGAGACUCAGGUUCCAAGGGCAGCUUCCUCAGUGGGGGUCCUGGGCAACCUGGCAAAAAGCAGUUCAAAACACAGGCUUCCCGCCAGCGUUCCACAUCCAGUCAGGAGGAAGAGCACAGCAGCCUGCCAAAGGUCCCUUCUGUGAAUAGGACUUCUGCUCCAGACAAGAUUACCACCCCAGAGAAGAGCCAGCUUCCAAAUAAGGACCCCAACCCAGAGAAGACCCUGACUCUGGUGGACAAGAUCACCAGCCCAGAGAAGAUCCUAGCUCCCAAAAAGGUCCCCAUUCCAAAGAAGACCCAGACUCUGGACAAGGCUUCCACUCCAGAGAGGGUUUUUUCUGUGGAUGAGACCCCUGUCCUAGAAAAGGGCUUGACCCCAGAAGGGGUGUUUUCUGAAGAGGUCCCCCCUGGAGAUAAUUCUCAAUUCCAGCACUUAUCUCCCAAGGAGAGUCUGCAGAGGGCGAAAUCCCUGGUGGCCACCCAGGCUCAAUCCCAAGAGGAGGCUCACAUGCCAGAGAAGUCCCCCCUGCAGCCUGACUCCGCACAGAGAUGCCUUUGUAGGAUGAAACAUGGGGAUGGCUCCCCACUCCAGGAUGCGUCCAAGUCUAUGCCUACCCUUAAGAAGGCCCAGCCUCCGGAAGAGGCCACAACCCUCCUGGAGGAGGCACCUGUGAAAGAUGAGCAUACCCCAAAAGAGGAGGUGCCUCUGAAAGAGGAGGUGCCUCCUAGAGAGAAAGUGGCUCCCCAAGAACAGGUGCUCUCUAAAGAGACAGCCCCUGUCCCCCAAGCCCCACACACUGCCGAGCCAACUCCAGACCCCCAAGAGACUCCCACUCCCCAUUUCCUAGUGAGGCACAACUCCGAAAGCAAGAACGAUGGAGUGGAUAUAAAGACUCUAAAGGAAGAGGUGGGGUCUCUAAAGAAGUUGCUGGAGCUGCUGGAGCUGCAGCUGGAGAGGAAGAUUACUGACGUCUGGGAGGAGCUGAAGAGCGAGAGGGAGAAGCGCCGGUUGCUGGAGGUUCAGCUGCUGCAGAGCACCCACAACACGCCGACGACGCGGGGGUUAAAACACGCGCAGACGCAGACGCACUGAGGGCGGGCCUGCGAGGCACCAUGGCCGGACCUGGAGGGACAUCUGGCUCGGGCCAACCCCGUCCUUGUAUACAGUUUUUGAAAACUUAAAGUAAACUGCUCCGGA